GGGCAGACUAAAAACUUGCCGUCCGUAUAUGAAGACUAGUUUCACAAUCGCGAUUCGCGAUAUGAAAUUGUUCUCGAUAUCUUGAGAAGUUGUUGGGUGCAUAUUUUUUUAUGAAAAACUCCACAGACAUGUUAGUACUAAGAGUGUUCAGUGUUAUUUUCUUAUUAGGAUUGUCUUUUGCGUCUGACCCGUUCGAUUAUGCAGCUCCGAAAUUGUCCAUCGACAAUUUGGAGAACGGUUACCACGGCAUCGUGAAGGAGAACGAGACCGUGGUGGAGGUGACGCCGGUGAUCAAGGCAUUGGGCGAGGUUUGUCGAUUCCGCAUCGUGAACAAGCACCACGGCGAGGCGCCCUUCGACAUCAUCCUGAAGGACGACGGGUACGCCGAGCUGCGGGCCAAGAGGGUGCUCAAUUGCGAGAAGAGGAAGAACUACAAGUUCGAUAUCGCCGCCGUCGGUUGUAAUGGAAAGCAGAGCUUGAGCGCCACCGUACAUAUCACCGUGUCCGACGUCAACGAAUACGCCCCGACGUUCUCGGAGCCGAGCUACGUGCGACAAGUCGACGAGGGCAGAAUUUACAGCGAGAUCGUUCGCGUCGAGGCGACCGAUCGCGAUUGCACGCCCAAAUUCGGCGACGUCUGCAAGUACGAGAUACUCACCUCCGAUCAGCCCUUCGUCAUCGACACCGAUGGAAUCAUCAGGAACACGGAACCUUUGGACUACGAACGUUCCCACAAUCACAUCCUCUCGGUCAUCGCGUACGAUUGCGGCAUGCGGCAGAGUUUUCCCGCUUUGGUCACCAUCAAAGUGAACAGGGUGUGCAGGCUGGGCUGGAGAGGACUGCCCGAACGCGUCGACUACGCUCCGAUGACCGGCAAACAGGAAUUGUUCCCUUCCGCCAACUUGGAGCUCUGCGACGUGCCCUGUAACGUACGGGAACUCAGGACAAGAGUCGAUUUGGCUACAAGACACAUCGGGAAAGGAUGCGACAGAGACACUUACUCGGUACAAUCGCAAAGGAAAUUGUGCGGUGCUUCGCCGGCCGCCAUCGAUCUUCUGCCGAGUCCCGGAGUCGGUGCCGAAUGGACCAAGCCGCUCAUCUCGGACGAGGGUCACGAGAGCGAUCAGAUGUUUGAAUUUGACGGGGCCACGACUGCCGUUACAAUACCCACUACGGUUUUGAGCCAUGAUUUACCCACUACCUUCACUAUAUCAACAUGGAUGAGACACGGGCAACAUCCCAAUCAAGACAAGCAUUUGAAGGAGCAUAUUUUAUGCACAGCCGAUGAUCACAAAAUGAACAGACAUCAUUACGCUCUGUUCGUAAGAAACUGCAGAUUGAUUCUACUGUUGAGAAGGGACUUUUCCGAAGGCGAUUUGAACAUAUUCAGACCGGCCGAAUGGAGAUGGAAAAUAUCACAGGUUUGCGACGACCAAUGGCAUCAUUACGCGAUAAACGUUCGCUUUCCGGACAUCCAAUUGUAUAUCGACGGCCAACUGUUCAGAGCCGAGAAAAAAAAUCCCGAAGUAAUCGAUGAUUGGCCGCUUCAUCCUACAAAGGGAAUUAACACCACUCUCACAAUCGGAGCUUGCUGGCAAGGUUCCGAUAACAAAAUGAGGCACCACUUGAAAGGGUAUUUAGCCGGCCUAAGUAUUCUGCUCAGAGAUACCGAGAAACCGGAGGUACUCAGUUGCUUGCAUCAAUGUAAAGAAAGCUUACAAGUACCGGCUAUGGAGCUGUUGCAGCCCGGCAUGGAAUUAUUGACGAAUUCCGAUUUGACCGAAGUAACGGUCGAAGGGGACAAUCGCACGAAUUUGGAAACGCUCGUACGCAAAAUCGGCUACGCCAACACCAGGGAAUUCCCGACGCCGGGCCGCAGGAAUUUACGUUUGACGACCACCGUCACUUGCGAUAAUGGCAAACAAGUUAAGGUGCCGGACGCCCAAACGUACGUAAUGGUUUUGAGACCGCAAACGCCGAGCAUAAUGUUAAACGGUACCGGUAACAUGGCGAGGAAAUACGAGGAUUUCCGAAUGGGCGUAAGAGUAUUGGCCGAUAUACACAUAACGGGCGAACAGAAAUUGGACAAAUGCCAAUUGACUAUCUAUCCCAAUUUGAAUCCCGACCAUGAGAAUCUGAGCGUGCCGGAGGAAAUGUUGAAACGAUUAGGAAUGGCGGCGCGCAUUUCGAAAGACGGCGUCACCAUUACCGGAUCCGACAUGGUAUUCAACUAUCAGCAACUCCUGCGCCAGAUAAUGUACACUAAUCGCAAGCCUGCUUACUACCUCAACAGAGUCUUCAAACUCACUUGUUCAGAAUUGAACGGUAGAUUCACUUCUAAUGAAUACGUACAAACGCUAACGGUAAUUCAUCCGCAACCGAAGGAAACCAUCGCACACGCCACGAUCAACAAGCAUUCCGUGGAAAUUAAACCGGCUUCCAUCAUAUCGCACGAUUACAUUGCCAACGAACGCGUCAGUAUGGUAGCCGCCGGCGGCUCGCACGCCGUCACCAUCAUAGUGGUGGUUUGCGUCGGUUUCCUGUUGUUCAUGAUCGUCUUGGGAGUGAUUAGAAUCCGAGCCGCCCAUCAGAGAACCUCUAACGAGGAGGCGCAGGACGGCGAAAUGACGUGGGACGAUUCCGCUCUAACCAUUACGGUCAAUCCGAUGGAGAACGCCGAGAGGAAAUUGGAAGGGGGAGCCGCUUUGGAAUACAGCGACACCGAACAAUCGGACUCGGAGAGCUCCUCCGACGACGAGAACAUGGACGGGCCGUGCAGAGUGCAGGAUUCAUCCGACGAGGACGACGAGCAGCCGAGCCGCAUCAGAAAGCACGACUAUCAAAACGUCAGUCAACUAGAGUGGGAUAAUUCCACAAUGUAAAAUCGUAGGUGAAAAGUAACGAGACGAGCAUUGUACGGAUGAAUGAUUGUUCAACGCUUUUCAAAAUAACUCUCAAGGGCAUAAAGGUUUGGAAAUACGUUUGGAAUCUUUUUGGAUUUUAUUGCUAAAUAGUAUUGAGCUUUAACUUGGAAAUGACAAAAAAAAUAUGUCCAAUUAUACUAAUUAAAAAGAAUAGUACACAAAAGAUUCCAAAACUACUUUGUGCGUAUUGCUAUAUUAUAGAAAAAUGUAACCUUUUUCGAAAUAUUCCAGUUGAAUCAUCCUCCGCAUAUUGUUCGUCGAUGUGAAAAGAAAGGUGCGACGCGUCUAUUUCACGCAAACAGUGCCAUAGCGUGCACUCGAGACGCCGUACUUACCUAAAGCAAAUGUACGCCUAAAAAACCAGCUUGUAAUUUCCCUGGAAAAAAUUCGAUUUUUUUUACAACUCGCACCCGAGCCAUUUUGUUCUCGAAUAUCUCGGUAGAAUUGGCAGCUGAUGAAUACAAAUCGAAUAACGCACGUGCGCAAGGGUUAUAGGGAAAAUCGAAUUGUUUCAGUACAUUUGCAAAAUGCUACGCUUCAACGCCUACCUGUUUGCUUUGGUAGUGUACGGCGUUUGAUAUCAAUAAAUUAAUCGUCCAUAUUUGUUAGAGAUAUAUAUACAGGUUGUUGUAUAUGUAUAUCCAUACACCUCUUUUAGCUAGUAAUACAUAUUAUAUUAAUAAUGCUGUUUUUCACCCCUUUCUGCUUGUAAUUUUGCUUUGUAUUUUAUAAGUUUCGAUUGGGCAAUUUGAUUUUUACAUGUUAGAAAUAUUUAUUGAGUUUUGGUUUUUACAAAACGACGUACGAUCAAAUGAUGCAAUUGAAUAUAUUUUCAAAAAUUUACUCAAUAUUAUUUCCAAGUGAUAUUUUACGUAGAUUGUUUUAUUAAUUCAUUUAAUACCAAAUCUAAGACACAAAAGAUUUUUUUUUAUUUUCAAAUAAUAAUUGAAUGUUAUUUGAAAAAAGUCUUGGUUAAGAAAUUUAUAAUUUUUUUGUCAAUUAUUUUUUAUCAAUUAACUCCGUCCUACAUUUUUUUGUAAAUUGAAAUUAUAUUCGAUGUAAUCAGUAUCGUCGAUGGAAUGAGAACGUUUAAAUAACCAGUGGUUAAAUAAUACAUAAGUUUCUAUAAUCUUGUUAUAUUAAAUCAGUAUUUUUUUUGUACGCCUAAACGAGGCCUAUCGAUAUAUCGCUUCUUUUUUUGUAUUUUUUUUUGUCUUUACAUAACUUAUUUUUUAUUUUAUAACCUUAUACUAAAUAUUAAUCUUUUUAUCUAUCUACACUAUAAUUGAACUAACCAAGUACUCAUUUUUUUAUAAUUCGAAUGCGCUUUUUUGUACUUACUUUUAUUUAGUUAGAUUUUAAGUGUUUUUUGCCCUAUUGCACCUUUACUCUAAAAAAACCUCGAUCAUAUCAAUUUUUUAAAUGUGCAAUCAACAAUGACUGGUUUGUUUUCCAUUUCAAACACUAACACAAAUAAAUCAUCAGUGAAAAGUUUAUUAAGAAUUAACGGAUUACUUUACCUCGCAUUUAUUUCGAAUUAAUUUUUAAUAAAUAUUUUUUAAAAGAAGCAAACGGCUAAUAAAAAAACAACAAACUGGUAUAAGUGACUAGGUUGCGAAAACGUUCGAGUACAGAUAGAAAAUUUGUUAAUUUUGAAAAUCCUAAAUUUUAUGGGAAAAUGCAAUUUGUGGUUUUGUUUGAAAUGAUUAAGUAAAAUUUUCUACAACUUUUUCUACUUAGAUUUGGUGUUUUCUCUUUCUCUCGCACAAUUUCAUUUUCUUUCAGAACAGUAGUCGAAAAAGUGUGUAUAUAAGGUUUUGCAGCUAAAAUAAUAUUUUUUUGUAAGUAGUUAACAGUACUUAAUUAAAAAUAUAAAAGUAUACAUAUUACAUGAUAAAUUAAAAAAAUGGUUACUUUUUAUUUUUUCUAAAAUAGUUCGGCAAUGUAAUAAACAGUAGUCAAAUGAAGAGAAAGAUUAUAUCAUAUGAUGCAAUAUUUAGUGUUGUAACUUCUGUUUUGAUAGACUCGUUUCUUUUGUAAAAGUGUCGCAGUUUAGGAAUUAGUAGCUGUGAUGUCAAAAAUAAGAACUACUUAGGUUUAGAAUUAUUCAAGCACUAACUUUCUCUGUGCUUUAUUUGAUGUUCUCGAAAACCGAUUUGCAAAUAAUUUUUGAACAAAGUCUGCUCUACAAAUCGUAUAACAAAUGUUGGAAAAAAGAAAAUAAUAAUGUAGUUGAAAAGUUUACAGGGUGUUUAAAAUUGUUUCGUAUAAUUCUUAUACUAUUAUUCACGUGUUAAAAGCAUUCAGUAAAUUUGUAAAUAUCUGUAGAUAGAUUAUUUUUGAUAAAUUUUGUAUUCGAUUUUAUAAAUUGUUGAUGAAACGCUUCACCUUGAUUGAGUUCUGUUUUACAUAUUUUAUGGAAACGCGGACCUAUGGGGAAUUUUGAAUCGAACAAAAUAUUUGCAAAUCGGUACGAUCUAAUUUACUUCAGAUGAAAUGACACUAUUUUUGACAAAAUACGUAACAAACAAACUGUUACAUUCCAAUAAUCGUAAUAUUUAUUUGUAUGUGAAAGUUUAUAUCUUAUUGAUAAAUGGCUUUUUUGGUGUGUUAAAAAAACAGAAUCAAAUAAUUCGAAUGUCUUUAGGUGUUGAAAACCACAAUAAUUAUGUAAUACAUGAAUGUAUA